AACUAUCGAUGUCCCAAGCACCAUUUCGCCAUUAGCCGAGCCCGGAAACAUCCCACAUCUUCCAUCUCCCGGAAAAAGAGAGAAGAGGAGCCCUCGCCUCUCGCCAAUCGCCAUGGCCGCCACCGCCGCCAUCCACCUGCGCCCGCUCCGCUCCUUAGCCCUCUCCUCCGCCAGGUCCCGCUCCCUCCUCCACCUCCUCGCCCGCCCACUGUCCUCUUCCCAGGCAUCCUACGCCUACCACCCUUCCCCCGCCGCCGCCGCCGCCGCUCCCAACCAUGUCCACCAGCCCCAGCAGCAGCAGUGGGCCCCGACGCGGAACCCCCCUCCCCCCGGACCCCCUCCACAGUGGACCCCGCAGGGACAUCCCUCUCCGCCCCGUCCGGGGAACUACCAGCAGCAAGCUCCGCCACCGCCUCCGCCGCCCCGCGGUUACGGGCCUCCACCGCCGCAGCAGCAUGUGCCGCCUCCACCGCCCGGAAUCCACGGGCCUCCGCCGCCCCGCGGCUACGGGCCUCCACCGCCGCAGCAGCAUGUGCCGCCGCCACCGCCCGGUGGCCACGGGCCUCCGCCGCCCCGCGGCUACGGGCCUCCACCCCCUCACCAGCAUGUGCCGCCUCCGCCACCACGCGGCUACGGGCCUCCACCACCACACCAUCAGGGGCCUCCUCCGCCUCCGCCACCCCGCGGAUACGGACCUCCACCACCGCAGAAGCAGGCGCCGCCUCCGCCGUCACGCGACUACGGGCCUCCACCACCGCAGGAUCAGGCGCCGCCCCCGCCCCCGCCCCACGGCUACGGCUCUCCUCCCCCGCAGCAACACUCUACUCCGCCGCCUCCUCCUCCUGAACCUGUGGCGGGGCCGGGGGAGCUGAUGGGACUGUGCCGGGAGGGACGGGUGAAGGAUGCCGUCGAGCUUCUCGCCAAGGGGGCGCGCGCCGACCCGCCCGCCUUCUUCGAGCUCGCAGCCGCCUGCUCCAACCCCAAGCUGCUCGAGGAGCUCAGGAAGGUGCACGACUUCUUCCUCCGCUCGCCCUUCCGCGGCGACCUCUUUGUCAACAACAAGCUGCUUGAGAUGUACGCCAAGUGCGCAGCGAUGCCUCAUGCCCGCAGGACAUUCGACAAUAUGCCUGACCGCGACAUGGACUCGUGGCACAUCAUGAUUGAUGGCUACUCAGUGAACGGGCUUGGGGAUGAGGCGCUGCGGCUGUUCGAGCUGAUGAAGGAAUGCAUGGCACCGACCAGCCACACCUACGUGCUUGUGCUCAAUGCUUGUGCCAACUCGGAGGCCAUCGAGGAGGCAUUCCUUUACUUUGAUGCCAUGUCCAGGGACCAUGGCAUUGAGCCUGGUGUGGAACACUAUGUUGGGAUCAUUGAGGUCCUGGGGAAGUCAGGGCAUCUCAACGAGGCUAUGGAGUACAUCGAGAAGCUGCCGUUUGAGCCCAACGCUAUGGUGUGGGAGUCAGUCUUGAACCUGGCACGUAUGAAUGGAGACAUUGAUCUUGAGGACAGAGCAGAGGAGUUGUUGGUGUCGCUUGAUCCAACCAAGGAAAAUCCUAAGAAGCUACCAACCCCACCUCCGAAGAGGCGUCUGGGGAUUAAUAUGCUUGAUGGGAGGAACAAGCUGGCAGAGUACCGGCUGCCACCCAAGAUUGAAAAGAAGGUGGUCAAUGAGCAGAGAUAUGUCCCUGAUACAAGGUAUGUGCUCCAUGACAUUGAUCAGGAGGCCAAGGAGCAGGCAUUGCUGUACCAUAGUGAGAGGCUGGCGAUUGCUUAUGGUCUGAUUAGCACCCCAGCAAGGACUCCGCUUCGCAUCAUUAAGAACCUAAGGAUCUGCGGGGACUGCCACAAUGCCAUCAAAAUCAUGUCAAGGAUUGUUGGGAGAGAGCUUAUUGUUAGGGACAAUAAGAGGUUCCACCAUUUCAAGGAUGGAAAGUGCUCUUGUGGAGAUUAUUGGUGAAGAUGGAUGGCCAUCCGCAUUUUAAGGAUUGAAGUCUUCUUGUCAGGAUUGCUGCUAUCCUAUAUGAAUAUAUGCUGAUAGCCAUGGUUUCAAUUCAUAAUAAGCAAUAUAAAGUAUAUGUGUUAGUAUCGUGUCAUCCUUAAAUAGAUAGACUUAGCAUAUGCUUAAGGUCCUUAGCUCCUAGCACUUGUAUCUGUGCAGGAUUGUCGGGUCUUGAUGCAGUUGCAAUCCUUCUCUGUAUCAAUAUUAUUGUUUAUGUGGGAAACAUUUGCUAGUUUGGAAACAUGUGCAGGAUUAUAUGGAACGAUCAAUUUCUAGUUAGGGUUUGUUUUUCCAGGAUUUUA